GGCAGCGCUGUGUCCAGGUGGAAACCAGGGACAUGAGGGGAAGGCAAGGGCUGGGGGCUUGGAAAUGUUGACUGUCUGCAUACUCUGUAGGUCGGCCAGGUACUUUCCAGGAACUACCAACAGCUGUUGGUUAGGGACAUGGGUGGGGCAGUGAGGGCCUUCGGAGGGGCAGGGUGCUGGCCCUGGUGUGGCUGGGGGUGGAGGACUGUGGGCAGCCUGGGUGAGAUGUCCUACAGUGUGUAGGAGCUCCACUCCCCUGACCCUCCUGCGUUCUGUCAUCCCAAUGGCCCCAGGGGAAAAUGAGGGUCUCUUCUCAUUGACCAGAAUCGAAAGCUGAGGCCAGGGAGAAGCCAGAACCUGGCCAGGGCCACACAGCAGUGAGGCAGUGGAGGAGGCCUCCUGCUCCCCAGCUCUUGUCUCCUGAGCUCUGAGUGGCUGGGGCUGGGGCUUGGUUGCCGGGGAAGGGUGGGCAGAUGGCUAGAGAGAUCCUGGAGCCUCAGGGGAGCAAGUUCAACCUUGUGGGGAGCCCUGGACCCCAGGAGAGAGGCAACAGGGUUCACACCCCAGCCGGGCCACGUGACACAGGACAUAUCAUGAGCGUCUUGUUGUUCAUCGAGCACUCGGUAGAGGUGGCCCAUGGCAAGGCGUCCUGCAAGCUCUCCCAGAUGGGCUACCUCAGGAUCGCUGACCUGAUCUCCAGCUUCCUGCUCAUCACCAUGCUCUUCAUCAUCAGCCUGAGCCUACUGAUCGGCGUAGUCAAGAACCGGGAGAAGUACCUGCUGCCCUUCCUGUCCCUGCAAAUCAUGGACUAUCUCCUGUGCCUGCUCACCCUGCUGGGCUCCUACAUUGAGCUGCCCGCCUACCUCAAGUUGGCCUCCCGGAGCCGUGCUAGCCCCUCCAAGUUCCCCCUGAUGACGCUGCAGCUGCUGGACUUCUGCCUGAGCAUCCUGACCCUCUGCAGCUCCUACAUGGAAGUGCCCACCUAUCUCAACUUCAAGUCCAUGAACCACAUGAAUUACCUCCCCAGCCAGGAGGAUAUGCCUCAUAACCAGUUCAUCAAGAUGAUGAUCAUCUUUUCCAUCGCCUUCAUCACUGUCCUUAUCUUCAAGGUCUACAUGUUCAAGUGCGUGUGGCGGUGCUACAAAUUCAUCAAGUGCAUGAACUCGGUGGAGGAGAAGAGAAACUCCAAGAUGCUCCAGAAGGUGGUCCUGCCGUCCUACGAGGAAGCCCUGUCUUUGCCAUCGAAGACCCCAGAGGGGGGCCCAGCACCACCCCCAUACUCAGAGGUGUGACCCUCGCCAGGCCCCAGCCCCAGUGCUGGGAGGGGUGGAGCUGCCUCAUAAUCUGCUUUUUUGCUUUGGUGGCCCCUGUGGCCUGGGUGGACCCUCCCGCCCCUCCCUGGCAGGACAAUCUGCUUGUGUCUCCCUCGCUGGCCUGCUCCUCCUGCAGGGCCUGUGAGCUGCUCACAACUGGGUCAACGCUUUAGGCUGAGUCACUCCUCGGGUCUCUCCAUAAUUCAGCCCAACAAUGCUUGGUUUAUUUCAAUCAGCUCUGACACUUGUUUAGACGAUUGGCCAUUCUAAAGUUGGUGAGUUUGUCAAGCAACUAUCGACUUGAUCAGUUCAGCCAAGCAACUGACAAAUCAAAAACCCACUUGUCAGUUCAGUAAAAUAAUUUGGUCAAACAACAGUCUAUUGCAUUGAUUUAUAAAGAGUUGUCAGUUCAGUAAAAUAAUUUGGUCAAACAACAGUCUAUUGCAUUGAUUUAUAAAUAGUUGUCAGUUCACAUAGCAAUUUAAUCAAGUAAUCAUCAAUUAGUUACCCUCUCUAUAUAAAUAUAUACAUAAUCAAUUUCUUCAAAUAGCUUGCUUACAUGAUAAUCAAUUAGCCAACCAUGAGUCAUUUAGAAUAGUGAUAAAUAGAAUACACAGAAUAGUGAUGAAAUUCAAUUUAAAAAAUCAAGUUAGCCUCCAAACCAUUUAAUUCAAAUGAACCCAUCAACUGGAUGCCAACUCUGGCGAAUGUAGGACCUCUGAGUGGCUGUAUAAUUGUUAAUUCAAAUGAAAUUCAUUUAAACAGUUGACAAACUGUCAUUCAACAAUUAGCUCCAGGAAAUAACAGUUAUUUCAUCAUAAAACAGUCCCUUCAAACACACAAUUGUUCUGCUGAAGAGUUGUCAUCAACAAUCCAAUGCUCACCUAUUCAGUUGCUCUGUGGUCAGUGUGGCUGCAUAGCAGUGGAUUCCAUGAAAGGAGUCAUUUUAGUGAUGAGCUGCCAGUCCAUUCCCAGGCCAGGCUGUCGCUGGCCAUCCAUUCAGUCGAUUCAGUCAUAGGCGAAUCUGUUCUGCCCGAGGCUUGUGGUCAAGCAAAAAUUCAGCCCUGAAAUCAGGCACAUCUGUUCAUUGGACUAAACCCACAGGUUAGUUCAGUCAAAGCAGGCAACCCCCUUGUGGGCACAGACCCUGCUACUGGGGUCAUGGCGGUUGUGGCAGCUGGGGAGGUUUGGCCCCAACAGCCCUCCUGUGCCUGCUUCCCUGUGUGUCGGGGUCCUCCAGGGAGCUGACCCAGAGGUGGAGACCACGGAGGCAGUGUCUCUGGGGACUGUCGGGGGGUACAGAGGGAGAAGGCUCUGCAAGAGCUCCCUGGCAAUACCCCCUUGUGUAAUUGCUUUGUGUGCGACAGGGAGGAAGUUUCAAUAAAGCAGCAACAAGCUUC